AUGUUAGAAGGGUCAGGUUUGAAAUUAGAGUACGAUGCAGUGAAAUGUCGUGAACGUGUGCAGUUUGGCAAAUAUCGCUUUAUCAAACCUUCCAGAAACUUUGUAAUCCCCGAUUUUACGUAUUUCAAAGGCGUGCAUGAGGCACAAAUAGUGGCAUCGAUAUCCAAAUCUUCUUUACUGCCACCUACGCCUCAAAAGGAAAAAACUAUCUCGGAUAUCGCCGAUGACUUUGAUGACGAUGAAUUAUUACGACUCGCUGAUGCAACUGAACUCGAAUAUGUUCCAACACUUACAUCACCCAGUGCUUUCGUUGUUGAAAAUAGAAGACGUUCUGGCCACGAAGUUGUAUCAGUCAUUCCGGAUCGUCCACGAUAUAAUGAGAUUUAUCUCAGUGAUUCACUCGACGGUGAAGAAAUUGAAUUCCAUGAUUCUCCAAACGAUCUUUCUGACGCGGAUAUGGAACCAGAUGAAGUGACGAGUAAUGACAAGCUUGUAAUUUGUGACAAAAAUAUUGGCAACGAACAACAAGGCUCUGUUGAAAUAGUAACGCUUUCGCCAGAUUUCUCUUCUUUGAAUUCUAAAAUUACAUCACGUGCGGUACAUUAUAAUAAUGAUGUAUUCAAUAAUGGUAUGGACGAUGAUAAUAUGGAGGUUUGUGAAUUGAUUGAAAAUAACAUCAUUUAG